GCAGUCAGUUUUGAUAGUGAGAUAUUUGGUUGGUUCUUUGCGUGUGAGAUAAAAUAUGGAUCUUUCAAGGUUUUUUGUGUGUUUAUAUAAAGUUUUGAGCAUUCCUAUUGUCAUAUUUAUUACGUGAACUUUACUCACAUAUUUGUGAAUGUUUGUGUUUGAUUGUACAUGUUCAAGGCCAGUGGUGUUUCAAUGUCAAUCUCAUCUGUCUCAUUUUUCGUAAUCAGUAAACAUGGCGCAUAGAAGCCAGUUGUUUUGUCACUAACUACUACAAUUCACUAUAAAUUGCAAUGUUUUCCACGCCAUCUUCAACAUCAGAACCACAUAAUUAUGAUUUUGAGAAGGAAGAAAACGCUGCAAAAUGGAAAGGAGUAUUUGUCAAUUCUUUACGAAAGGUCUUGGAGCAGGUUCAUCAUUCUCUGGAUGCCCGCGAGGAUGCACUGGACUAUGUAGAGAGUUUGAUCCUACGGUUGCUGGGGAUGCUGUGUGCACGUCCAUCACCACAUACAGUACAGGAUGUUGAGGAGAGGGUGCGGCGCACAUUUCCAACUCCAAUUGAUAAGUGGGCGCUUUCUGAUGCAAAAGAGGCUCUGGAUCGUGGCAAGAAGAAAUCUCCACUUGUUCUGCCUGUUGACAAAGUCCAUCAUAUGCUGCAGAAGGAGGUUCUUCAGUACAAAAUUGAUUCCCAGGUGGCCCUCUAUGUUGUUGCUGUGUUGGAAUACAUCUCAGCUGAUAUUCUCAAGCUGGCAGGAAAUUAUGUGAAAAAUAUCCGCCAUGUGGAAAUUACAUGCCAAGAUAUCCGUGUUGCCAUGUGUGCAGACAAGGUCCUCAUGGACAUGUUCUAUCAAGAUGAGGAUGCCAGUGGAGGUGGGGGUCUGUCAGGAAUUGGUGUGAUGGAUGGCACUGAUCCUGUCACACCUCGAACUUCUCUCACUUACGAAGAGGUUGUUAAGGAUCUCAUACAUGAUGAAAAACAGUAUCUUCGUGAUUUACACAUGAUCAUCAAAGUUUUUAGGGAAGAAAUUGCAAAGUUGGUAGCAGGUGACUCUAAGGAACUUGAUGCUAUGUUCAGCAAUAUCAUGGAUAUCUAUGAGCUGACAGUGACACUGCUCGGUUCACUGGAGGAUAUGCUGGAGAUCAGUGAGGAGAAGCAGGUCCCAGCAAUAGGCAGCUGCUUUGAAGAGUUGGCUGAGGCUGCUGAAUUUGAUGUAUAUGGCCGCUAUGCCAAGGACAUUAUUCAGCAGCAAAGUCGAGAUGCUCUCACACGGUUGAUUAGUCAACCUGAGGUGUCUGAUGCACUACAGUCAGCAGGUCAUGGAUUUCGGGAGGCUGUGAAAUAUUAUCUGCCUAAACUUCUUCUUGGACCAGUCUGGCAUUGUUUCCUUUACUUUGAAUAUAUCAAGAUCCUCCAUCGAUUAACACUAGGUGAUGAAGAUGGUGAAAUUUUAGAGCAAGUAGAAGGGCUGCUUCGACCUUUGCAGAUGGAGCUUAAACAGACUGUUGGCAGCUUGCCUAAAAAAGAGACUGGGGUUCGGAUACAUGGGCGUGCAAGAAGACAGGCAGCACUUGAAAAGACAAAUGAACUUCAAAAAUCUAUAGAUGGUUGGGAGGGUAAAGACAUAGGCCAGUGCUGUAAUGAAUUUAUUCGAGAGGAUGUACUUCGGAAGGUGGGCAGUGGACGACGGCUUACAGAGAGGCGUGUAUUUCUCUUCGAUGGGCUCAUGAUAUUGUGUAAACCUAACAGUAAGCGAGCUUCUGUUUCUGUCACGGGACCAGUUGGUGGAGAGUAUCGUCUUAAGGAGAGGUUCUUCAUUCGUAAAGUGGAGAUUAUCGAUCGUGAGGACACUGAAGAACUGAAAAAUGCUUUUGAAAUUGCUCCUCGAGUCCAGCCUAAUGUUACACUUGUAGCAAAGUCUCCUGAAGACAAAAAUAACUGGAUGGCUGAUCUCAUCAUGCUUAAUACGAAGAGUAUGUUAGAACGCACUCUGGACAGUAUUCUAUUGGAUGAAGAGAAGAAACACCCUUUACGCUUGCCUUCACCUUCAAUAUACAGAUUUGCAGAGGCAGACUCUAAAUCUAAUAUUUUUUUUGCAGGAGUACCUCUUAUAAAGGGUGCAACACUAUACAAGUUAGUGGAGAGGUUAACGUAUCACAUUUAUGCUGAUCCUAUGUUUGUAAGGACAUUCCUCACCACAUACCGUAGCUUCUGCUCACCCCAGGACCUCUUGGACCUCUUGGUGGAGAGAUUCAACAUUCCUGAUCCGUCAUUAGUCUAUGAUGACAACAAGGACUCUUUGGAGUCAGAAAAGACAAUCAAGAACUCCCAAAGGGAAGACUGGAAGAGGUAUAGGAAGGAAUACUGUCAGCCUGUGCAGUUCAGAGUAUUGAAUGUGUUGAGGCAUUGGGUGGAUCAUCAUUUUUAUGACUUUGAGCGAGACUCUUCAUUGCUUGAGAAUCUUCAUGCCUUCCUUGACACAGUCAAUGGCAAGUCCAUGAGAAAGUGGGUUGACUCUGUUCUCAAAAUAGUACAGAGGAAGUCCGAUCCUAAUGAGCUGCAGCGAGAGAUAACAUUUAAUUUUGGCCGUUCACCUCCACCCAUUGAAUGGCAUAUAUGCUGUCCAGAAGAGGAAUGGACCGUUCUUACACUGCAUCCAAUUGAAAUAGCCAGACAGCUAACACUGCUGGAGUUUGAACUAUAUAGGGCUGUGAAACCUUCAGAGUUGGUUGGAAGUGUGUGGACCAAGAAGAACAAAGAACAAACUUCCCCCAACUUGCUUCGUAUGAUUAAACAUACUACCAAUUUCACUCGAUGGUUAGAGAAAAAUAUAGUGGAAGCAGAGAAUUUUGAGGAGCGAGUGGCAAUAAUGUCUCGGAUUAUAGAAAUUAUGAUGGUGCUGCAAGACCUGAACAACUUCAAUGGUGUCCUAGCAGUUGUUUCAGCCAUGGGUUCAGCCUCUGUCUUCCGACUGAAAUGUUCCUCGCAGAAAUUACCUGAAAGACUGGAAAAGGCUCUUGAAGAAGCAAGGGAAUUGAACAGUGAUCAUUUUCGUAAAUAUCAAGAGAAACUUCGUUCUAUUAACCCACCCUGCGUUCCUUUCUUUGGCAUGUACCUGACCAAUAUCCUACACAUUGAGGAGGGCAACCCAGACUACCUGCCCAACUCCCCUGAACUCAUCAACUUCAGUAAAAGACGCAAGGUGGCAGAGAUCACAGGAGAGAUUCAGCAGUACCAGAACCAGCCAUAUUGUCUCAGUGUUCACUCUAAAAUACGGCAUUUCCUAGAAAAUCUAAAUCCAUUUGAGGAUCAGAAGGACACAGAUAUCAGUAACUACUUGUAUAACAAAUCACUUGAAGUGGAACCUAGAGGAUGCCGUCAGCCUCCCAGAUUUCCCCGUAAGUGGCCAGAUUUGAACCUCAAGUCACCUGGUAUAAAGCCACGUAACUUACCAGGACGCAACCAUCCUCCUGGCCCCCUUCCUUCUAUGGGAGAACGUCCCAUAUUCCAAUCAACCAUUCGAUUGCCGGAGGAUGGGGAGGAAACUCCAAGGACACCACUUACAGUGUCAGCACCCCACACACCUCCAUACCAUGGUCAUUCCUCUGACUUCAGUGUCUUUGCACCAAUUCUCAUUGGACCUGCAGCUUCAGGAAACCAAUCACCUGGUCCUAUUCAAUCAGCAGCAAGUAGUAUAGUCUCUGGAAUUGCUACAUCAUUGGUGCUGAACUCUGCUGCCAGCUCUCCAGCAACGUCUCCAACCAUUUCAUCACAACAAGUAGCUGGAGGUGGUCAGAUUGGUUUCUCUUCACCAUCCCCAUGCCCACCCCCUGUAACCACUACCUCAGUUACAGCCAUGCCUCCUCCACCUGCCCCACUUCCUAAUCCACGUCCACCUCCCCCUCUACCUCCUCGCCGCCCAAGAGAAUCAUCACUUGGGGAUGGCAAUCCUCUGCAGCAGGUUCGCCAAGCUCCUGAUGCACCCAUGCUUCCCCCAAGAGACCUGUCUCCUCCACCCCUUCCACCUCGACGUGAUGUGGGAGGAUUCUCCAUUGUAUCAGGAACAAUGCCUCGUAUUCUGCCUUCACAGUCACGUGAUCUCAGUGCUACCUUAAACAACUCUUCAGUAUCUCCUCUGCUAAGGCGGAACUCAGCAUUGGACAUGCAUCUCAUUUCAUCUCAGUCAUUGGUACCUUGUUGUUGUGCUAGUGGAAACACGUGCACAACCGCACCAAUCCCUACAAGAAGACACAUGUCUGUAAAUGGGCCUAUUUUUACAACUUCAACUACCUGCUUUCCCCAUUCUUCAGUGUCAUGUGGUGGGCACAAGACUGGCGUUUGUUUUCAUCAAGAUGCAUUCUUUGUGGAUAAUCACAGCAACACAACACCCAAACUUCCACCAAAACCAUUCAUCAGCAGUAAACCAUUGCCACCCCCUGCAACUGCUCAUUCGCAUGCCCCUCCACCUCCAGCGGUGUUCCAAUUCAACAGCAGUCAGAGCUAGUGAAACCAUAAUUUCCUUUUGCAUCGUUACUCCCUCUCCUACCAACUCUCAUGUAACUGUGGCUGUUACAUUAGGUAAUCACUGUUCCUAAAACCCCAUGCUAUAGCACAGAAUCCAUAUUGAUAUGUUCCUGCCUUCAUUCAGCUAAAACCUGAUGGAAAACUUAUACCAUAUCAUUUUGACCAGGCUGUGUUACCUGGUAUAGUUUUAUCCUUUGCCGUGCUAUUUAAAUUCACUCUUUCUUGAUGUUAUCUUACUAGUUAAUUUAACUCUUUAAAGCUGAAGUUUGUCUAAAUAAUAUUUAAGAAUUCAGUCCAUACCACGAAGGAAAACAACACUUCAUCAUUAUAAAUGUCAAGUGGCUAAUGGCAUUUGAGGAAAUUAUUGCUGCUGUCACUAAGCAGCAUACAAAAUCCGUAAAUACAUAAUUCAGAGUCAAUGAUUAUUAAAGCAGGUGGUACAGAUAGUUCUCAUUGGGCUUUAAAGGUUUAAGUGCCCUUUAUGUACUAAAUUAAGUACAGAAGGAGACUUCAACAACUUUUAAUUUUACUGUGGCUUAAUGCAUUAAGUAUGAUAAAGGGUUAAGAUUUGGGACAUUUCUUACCCUGUUCAGUUAUUUUCAGAGCACUAUGAGAAGUUUAAUUAUUAAGUGUUGCAAUUUUGAAAUGAAUUAUUGCAGAAACAGAACUGCAGUUUUUUAUCAAAACAGAUACCAGUUGCAGUAAACUUCCAGUAUUUGUAUAUCUAAGUGUUCUAUCUUGGAUUAAGGUUCACUCAAUCUAUUGAUCAAGAAAGCUGCUGUCCAAAAAGUGUGAAUGCGAGGGAAGUAGUGAGGUGGUGCACCAUCUAUUGGAACACUUCCAGCACAUACAUGGUGCAGAGCAGUGUUCUCCAUUGAAGAUAGUUUUUGUUGUAGGCUCUUUAAAAAAAGAAAGGAUUAAUUGAACAUGGCGUGAUUUACCCAGGAUCAUUGUGUGGUCCACUUGGAUUAAAAUAAAUUGUAAUCAUGCUUAUGUACAGUAUCUUCAUUAUAUUUUCUUUCUUUCACACACACACACACCAGUUGUGUCUGUUGUUAGUUCAAUUUAUUUUUGGCGUGUUUAAUAACUUUGUCAGAAGCUCUGACUAUAUAGAGGUGAAUGAUACGAUGAUCACUGAGUUAUGAAUUGGAAAGUAUAUGGAAGGAAGCAGUCAUGGUGUACUUUAAUCUACUACCCAAGAUUUGAACCCAGGAUGUUCAAAUACAAAGCAGGAGGGCUAACCACUCAGCUCUGACAUUUGGUUCCACACAUGUGAAGCAUUGCAAAUUCUAUCAAGGAAUGUCUUGUUCUUUUCAAAGUAAGAAACCAUUUGUAAGGCAAACAGUCUUAUUGAUUCUUGAUUUGUUUACAUUAUCUUACAGACCAACUAACACUUGUAAGCAUGCAAUUUUGGUCUUAUGUACAGGAGAACAUCCUGUGCAGUUGAGAAUACAGUAGGCCUAAUUCUGAACCUGUAAGAGCUAUAAAAUGUUUUACUUACAUAUUCCAUUGUGUCCUGGCACACUGUCCCGUGUGGAGACUCACGUUAUUACAAGCUGUGUCCUGUCUUUUUCAGGCAGUUGUCACAUAUCUCAUAAUAAGUCUGUAAAUUGAUGCUGUUUGGUUAAAACUAGCUCAGCCAGGAGGCCCAACAGAGUAGGUGUUUGUAAGAUUUGAGGUUUUCACAGCGCUGUGUAGUCUGGUCGAUGUUAACCAACGUUUCAGAGGUCAUACUGCCUCUGUCAUCAGGGCAAUGAAUAUGCCAAUAGGGUGGGUGGGCCAGUAUGACCUCUGAAACGUUGGUUAACAUCGACCAGACUACACAGCGCAACAACUCAGAAGACAAAUCUUCAGAGUAGGUGUUUACCUUCCCACUGGUCACCUAAAGACAGAAGUAGAAUGAACUUCUGAAAUGUUGUGGUUAAAAAAGUUGGAUGAAAUCCAGCACACAUUGAGGUGGUCUAGUUUCUUCAUGUUUUGGUUUUCUCAGUACAGCACUGAAUCUUUGUAGAAAUGUACAGUUACCUCUUGAGUUGUGUGUUCCAUUUUUGAUUCUUUUCCAAGUGCAUAUGGCUGCAAUUUAUGAUCCUUCAAAUCAGUCCAUCCCAUAUAUGAGUAACACUCAUUUAUACCACUUACAUCUUUAGUUUCCUCACUUGGAAAUCGUAAUCAUUGUAUCACUGAAAUAUGGUUGUGAAUAUAUACUGGCUUUUUUUCCUCCUCUCCCAUCCAUUUCAUCACUUUUUGAAUAUAAAUAACAACUUGUUUUACCGUCUUUCAGCUUUGCCCCUCCUACAAGUUUAGGCACAUUUUCCUGCAGUUACAGUACCAUUUUUCUUUCAAAGAGUAUAGAGAUCUGGCUAGUUGUAGAAUUGUAUUUCCAAAAUUUGUGUCCAUGUCCAAAUAGUGAUUCCAAACAUUUUACAACUCCCAUACUUGUGUUUAGACUUUUAGCUAGGAUAACACUGAUAAUUGUUAGAUCUGUUGUAUUUCCACUGCAUACUGCAAAUUUCCUUAGGCAUUCUGUAUGCAAACCAUAAAGUUUAGAGGAUUUUAUAAUGAACUUAGCAACCUUUAAAGGCAUAUAGAAUCUCAGUCUCCUUAACAUAAUUUUGGAUUUAUCUAGAGAUAUGUUUUUCUUCAGUCUAUAGGGUCCAAAAUUUAGCUUGUAUGCCUUUAAUGCUGUUGAGACAGACUUGGUGGAACCAUUGUUUUGAGGAAAUUAGGACUGUAAGAAUCAUCAAGUUUUUCCAUUGUCGUUCACUCUCUGUUCUCCCAAUCUUUUUUGUUGCUUCACCCACUAUUUCUUCUGUGAUUUCCUUAUUUUCUGAGUUGUUCACGUAAGGAUCACUGUAAUAACAAGCAGAAACAUCUACCUCACUCUGACAAUUUCAUAAUGUUUCAUGAUAGUUCUAAAACUUUCAGUGUUUUACCUGUUUCUUGGCCUCACAAUGUACAGGUGCAUUGUAUCGAAUUCUACUACGCAGUUGUAAAAUAUACUGCACCAUACAACUCUUGUGUAUGCAUACAAGAGAACAAACUUGAUCAGAGGGAAUCGCUGUGUUUCAAGAUAUACUGUGAAAGCUAGUGUGAUCUUUUUUAUUGUUAUUAUGGGAUGAGAUUGUAUCUCUGUUUUUCUGUGGCUGUUAAUCCCAGAUGGUACACGAGUGAAUAUGGAGCAAUGGUGAAAUAUUGACGGGAAAAGCAAAAACUCGAGAAAAUGUGUCACAGUGCCAGUUUGUGUACCACAAAUCCCACAUGGACUGCCCUAGGAGUAAACCCAGACCUCUGUGGCUGGAAGCUGGCAACUAAUUGCCUGUGCUAUGGCAUGGCAUAGUUUGGUUUUUACUCUGAAAUGGCAAAACAUUGAGUUUUUGUAUAUUGCUGCAGUUGUCAAAUGCAUUGUUUUUCUCAAAUAUUUCCUGGAUGGAUGAGUUAAUAAUUGAUUACCCUAGAUACAGAUGUCUUAACUCUGCUAGAAAUUGUAAUGGUGUGAAUUUUAAGCCCCCUAUCUCUUUCCUAGCAUAAACUAGAAUACAAAAUAAGAUGGUGUUUGAUAAUAGAACAACAUAUGAAAGAAAAUUAAAUAUGUAACACCCAUUCCGCAUUUAUUUUCUAAGUAUGACAUAAAAAUAUGCCAGGAUAGCUGUUCCACCAGUGUAUAGUUUACCAGCAAAUGAUCACUAAGUCAGUUCAUUUCCACAUUAUAAUUCAAAUAAUUUUUGUUCUUGUUUGUUUGAUUUUAUGAGUAUUUUAAUUUAUUAUUGCCUUAUUGUUGGUUAAUUGUUGUGGGACUAUGAAAUAUAAUGAUUUUUUUAAUGUUUCCUCACAUCUGUCAAUUAAGAUACAUAGCUGCCUUAAUAUUUAAAUAUCAGUACAGGACAUUGGAUACUCUUUUUAGUAUUUAGUUCUUAGAAGGAAAUAGAAAGGUAUAGUGUUCAAAUCCAUGUCUACUGUUCUGGUAAAUUUUUGAGCCUUUAUUUUCAAAGUGUGUUAAUUGCUCACAUAAUUUGAAUUAUUUUAAUCAUGUUUUUUUUCCGCUGAGUGUUGUAUACUAAUAUAUGUUGAGUUCAUAUGAGGCAUUUAAAAGAUAAGGUUAUCAUUACAAAGAAAAACAAAAUCUGUGAAAUAAUGAACUCCAUACAGAUGGGUCCUUCAGAAUCUGACAAUCACUCAGCUAGUCAAAAUCUCCACAAAUCUAAGGCCUUGUGCAGUAUUUCAUAACAUGCUGUUUGUUAUGGUUGAUGUUGUAGGAGUUGUUAACAACCCCCAAAAUGGAGAACCACCCCUUGCCAUCGAUCCACAACUGCUUUUUCAGUAUACUCUCAGGUACCCUCCAUGUCUGGUUGCCUUUUCCUCCAUCUGCAACCUGACAGUUUGGCAUUAUGUGGUGACAAAGAACCCACUUAACCAGUUGUAAAUUAAAUGAAUGUUUGAAUAUACACAUUUCAUGUUGUUAGAUGAAAGUUCUUUUAAAUGUGCCAAAGGACAUUUAUUUUGGAAUGCAUUCAUGGAUUGUCUCAAAUAGAUCCAUAUAAAUGCUUACAAGUACAUCCACAGAUUCCUGGCUCAAGGAGUUAAUAAUCAUCAAUAAAUAAUCCAUAUUUCUUGGCUUUUUGUUGCUUAAACUUUUUCAUAAGGCAUUCCCCAUUGUGAAUAAUUAGCUUAAGUUACAACAUUCUUUGGGUUUUGUGCUUGAACAUAUCCAUACCCAAAAGAAAAUAAUAAUAAUCUGUGGUGUAACAGCCAUCUGAGAGCCAAAGCCGACUAGUUGGCUGCUGGCCCCACGUUCACAUACCUAAGCAGAGGUGAACGAUCAUCCAACCAGAUAAAGGGUGAUGUGUGGUCAGCACGACGAACCCCCAGCCAUUGCUAGUUUUCAUGACCAGAUUACACUACCCAUUGUAACUCCCCCAAUUCCUCAUGAUGCUGGGGUGGCACCGGUCCCAUACACAGGUCGAAAAUCUCGUGAGAAAUUUCUUUCCCCGAAACUCAAACCAGCGCGCAUUCCGUAUCAUCGGUCCAAAGCAUGAUGCCUCAGACUGCGCGGCUCCGGCGCGGGACAAAGAAAAUAAUUGCAUGAACAUUAUUCUGUUUUUGUUACAUAAAUAUAUAUUUUUUAGUUAAUGUGCCAAGGUGAAUAAUUUGUUUAAACGUCAUCUUGGUUUUGUUGCAUGAACAUUAUUGUGAGCUAUGCCCAAAAGCAGCAAAUAAUUGUGCAAAAUCUAUUGUAUAUACAAUCUGUUAAGGAAUUCCUCUGCCUCCCACUCCUGCUCCAUAAAGAUAUAUUAUGUAUGUACAUAGAAAAGGUAAUUUGAACCAUUGUCUGUUUUUCUAUAUGAAUUUUUCUUUAGUAAAGAUAUCCACAAGAAGAAUUGGCACAUUUAAUAUGUAGUUUCAGGUGUCAUUUUGAACAGUAUAGCCACCAUAUAUUAAUUAAUUAACAUUACAUAUGUUUUAAAAUUACAGGUAUAGUUUGCAACACUCAAAAUGAUAUGGUAUCUGUUGACAAUGGGUAACAGCUUGAAAUACAAGUGACUGUAACAUACGUUAAGUAUUGUAACUAGGUUUUGUACCUGUACUAGUCAACCCAACUUCCUCCAGGCUCCUUGUUUCAUCCUUUCUCACAAUGACAUCCUAGUGUCAUCAUCCAGACAAAAUUAUUGCUAUUUGUUAGCCAUCCAGGCAGCAACAUUAACCAGGUCUUCUGUGUAGAAUUCUGAAUUUACAGCAGAACAGAAGGUUGGCAGUCCAAAGACAGUUUGAGUGACAGCUGUUGUGGAUUGUAGAUAAUGAAUGUAAAUAUUGUAAUUCUAGUGAGGAAACUGAUGACAGAAUGUAGAUACUAGCCUUUGUAAAUAAUGAAAACCAGGUCAUGAGUGCAGGGAGUUGAAGGUACUACAAUGAAAUGUAAUGCUGUGUUGAGUGAUUCAAGUCAUGCCUAUCCCCUACACAGUGUUAAAGUGUAAAUACUGAUUAUAUUAUGCCAUCCCUGCCCCUGUGGUCUGGAACAAUAUAUGUUUAUGGGAUAGAAGUGGAAACUUUUAAGAAAAUAUUCCGUUUCUCACAAAAAAAGGAACCAGACUUAGUGUUGUGUAUUUGUAUAGGUGAUUUCUGGUAUGUUUGUAUGUAUGUGUGAGAAGAGAGAACUUUUGAUGCUGAUUAAGAGUGAUAAUUGUUCAAUUUUUUUUGGUAUCUCCUACUGAUAAAAGAUGUCAUCCAAUGGAGUGCUAUAAACAGUGAAAGUUAAAGGCCUGUAAUAUAAUGUAGUCUCUGAUUUUUGAAGCAUAAUUAUUGAAAGUGAAGUCUAUGAAUUUUUUUAUAAAAAUCUUUAUGUGUCAAUAAUGAAUUAUAUUGUGUAUAUCAAAUCAGUUAUGUAAAAAAAAGAUAUAUAUUGAACAGAGAGGGAACAAAAUGUGGCUAA